AUGUAUGGUGUGCAAUGGAUCCGACAAUCUGAAAGGGAACAGAUGGAGUGGUUGGGAGCAAUAUAUCAUGAGGCAAGCACAGGUUAUGCUAAUUCUUUUAAGGGACGACUGACUCUGUCCAGAGACACAAAUAAAAGGGAAGUGACUUUAAAACUCACUGGAAUGAAACCUGAAGAAUCCGGCACAUAUUAUUGUACAAGAUACGCACACGGUAUCAUGUACUCUAACAACAUGUACACAAAACCGAUUUACUUUUGA